AGCUUGAGUUAGAUGAAAAGAAAUUGAAUCGAACCAUCGAAAUGUGCCUCACUGCCACACAUACUGUCAUUACAUCCACAUCAUCAUCUCUCUCUUCAUCUGGUUUGACUCAAGCUCCUGGUCUCUACAACUGCAAUGAUGAUCAUCUGUAUCCAAUGGCGACUGUCGUCUUCAUCACUCUACUUCUCCUUGUCAUCGUUUCUCUCAUCUGGACGUCAGCUCGUGGCAAAGUCUCACACCAAGUUGUUCACAUCGUCGUAUUCUCACACAAGAAGGUCGCACUAAUUGUCUCAACCGGUCUCUCCAUUUCUGUUAGUCUGUGGAUCGUGUUCAGUACAUCAGCGACCAACUGUGAGACCCGAACUGCAGACUUUCUUGUCAAUCUUGUCAACACGUCGUGUUACAGUGUAAUCCUACUCAACUUGGCAUCGAAACUAUUCGAACAGCCGUUGACUAAAUUCCUCGUUCAAUCUAUCGGCUUCAUCCUCUUUGUCACAACUCAGGCAUCCAUUGCUGCUGUAGCACACUUCCACCUUCCAUCAGAAAGAACCAACAAAACACUACUUGUUUACUGUCUUGAUGAACGACAAAAACCUCUAGUUGUCAUAUCGUACUUCUACAGUGUUGUCUUGCUGUCAGGGUGUGUAUUUCUCUAUAUCAUCAAAACAUGCCGAAAGAAGAGACGACAGGCAAAGACUUGCAUCAAGAUAACAACAGCAAUCAUUACUGCUUCAGUUUAUGUCAUUUUCGUUGCUCUCUUUGUGUGGGCUGAUGCAAGCUACUGCGACGUUCACACACGAUUGUUUGCUCUCGUUUCUCUGUAUCCAUCGAUCGUCUGUCUGGUGUUGGCGACGUUUGCCACGAUCGCCUGUGUGUACAAAAUGCGAGAGAAAAAUCGUGAUGACAUCGAUCUACCAUUCGAAGUGCAGGGGUCGUACAUGGAAAGACGAACGACACACAACUACAUAUUUCCUGACGUACCUGGACUGGCUGGUUUGACUCAGAACGAACUCUUGGAUGACGACAUUCGAAAAGACGUGAACGAUGUGCUUAUUGCAGAUGGAAGGCUCGUUCUGAAAGUCAGAAUUGGGAUGGGAAAUUUUGGAAACGUAUUCAAGGGUGUUCUCGACGAAGUCAGACCCGUAGCAGUCAAAACCGUACAAGACAUAGUGACACGAAAAGAUGUCAACGAUUUUAUCAAAGAAGGACUUCAGAUGAAAAAAUUCAAUCACCCAAAUGUCAUGGACCUAAUCGGCAUCUGCUGGCUGAAAGGGACUGAAGCCUCUCCGGCAUCAGCCGCUCCGUCUCUCGUCUUGCCCUACAUAGAAUUGGGAGAUCUCAAGACUUAUCUACGAAAGUGUCGUCCAAACAGAUCACGAGAAUCUAUAAACCCGCUGAAUCUAAAGCAAAGUGUGAUGUUCAUGGAUCAGAUUGCAAAAGGCAUGCAAUACAUUGGCUCACAGGGAAUUAUCCAUCGUGAUCUUGCAGCCAGAAACUGCAUGGUGAAUACUGACUUGGAGAUCAAAGUGUCUGACUUUGGGUUAGCUCGAGCGAUGAAGGAGGGGAAAGACUAUUACAGAGCGAUUCACGAGGUGCAGCUGCCUGUGCGAUGGAUGGCACCCGAAAGUCUCAUGUACUCGACGUUCACAUGCAAGUCUGAUGUUUGGUCAUACGGUGUGACUAUUUGGGAAAUCAUGACUCUAGCUCAAGUGCCAUACCAAGGUUUAGGACUCAGUCCUCGAGGAAUUCUACCAUUUCUACACGAAGGAAAUCGACUGGAGAGACCAAGUGGAUGCCCAGAUGAGAUAUACGACAUCAUGACUUCCUGCUGGGAAAACGUCCCAGAGGAUCGUCCGACGUUCGACGACUGCAAAGACAAAGUCGGAGAUUACCUAGAAAGAAUAGGCUACUACUUCAUACAAGGAAUAGGCAUCGAACAGCCAACAUUCCCAUACACAAACUGGACGUCGAUUCAAGAUUCUGGUAACAGCGGAUGCCUCAAUGACUUGACAGCAAACGAGCUGUCGUGUGCAUCGAGUGAUGAUGUGUUUGGUGACUCGGGAGGAGAGAGUGUAGCGAAUGUUAGGGUGCUGAGUAUGGCAACAAAACAGGGACGAGACAGAAACUGGAGUGAAACAGUGUAUGUAUGAGUGUGGGGGUGGAUGUUGAGAUUUUAGGAAGACAUUGCCUGUGGUGAGAUGAUCGAUGUAGUUAGAAUGAUGCAGUAUGUAUAGUACUAAGUAGUGACUCACAAUGAAUCAAUGCUGUGUGUGUGUGCGUGUGCGUGUGCGUGUGUGUGUGUGUGUGUGUGUGUGUCACAGUGUGUGUGUGUGUGUGU